AUGUCUGAAAAAUCGUCUUCCUCUUCGCCUGCAUCCUCGGACAUCGAGGUGGAUGAGCCUGUGGAUGUGCAGGCUUGCGUUGCCGAGGCGAACUCUUUGAAGGAGCAGGGCAAUGCAGCCUUCAAAGCCGCCGACUACAGCAAGGCCGUAGAGGAGUACCAGAAAGCCGUCGACCGCCUCAGCAAGCUUCCGUCCGAUGUGACUGAGCACGAUGGUAUGAAGAGCGUCCUGUACUCCAACAUCAGUGCGUCGUACCUCGGCAUGGCCGAUCAUGAGAAAGCCAUAACCGCUGCUGAGGACGCGCUGAGAUGGGACCCCGCAAACAAGAAGGCUCAGUACCGCCGCGCCUUGGCAAGGUUCAACUUCGGGUACCUCGACGAGGCGAAGAGCGAGUGCCAGGCUAUGAUCGCCGAGGACGCCAGCAACAGCAACGCGCGCAUGCUGCUCGUGAAGAUCAGCGAGAGGCAGAAACAACUCCGUGAGCAGCAGAAGAAAGCCUUCGGCGGCCUCUUCAACAAGACGGGCGGACUGUACGUCGACCGCACGGAGGAGAUGCAGCAGCGUAAGCAGCGCCGCUUCGAGGACUUCAAUCGCGAGCGCCGCGACAAGGGCGAGGAUGAGCUCGACUUUGAGGCGUGGGAGCGCAAGGAGGAGGAGGAAGAGCAGAAACGCGAAGCCGAGCGCAUCGAGAAGGUGAAGGCCGAGGAGGAGAAAAAGCGUAACGAGGCCAAAGGCGACGACAAGAAACGCAACGGAGUGGAAGCCUCAGAGGAGCCCAAGAGUCCCACCGCCGCCUCGGCUGCUACCAAGAAGCCCAAGCAGGAGGAGUCUGACAUGGACGAGGAGGACCAAAAGAUCAUCCAGGAGACUAAGAAGAUGGGCUAUUGCUAUUUCGGCAAAAACAAGCCCGAGGGAAACCUUACCAGCAGCAGGGUCCCUCAGAAGAUAGAGACCGACGCAUCGUCCGACACGAUGUCGCGUUCGCUUUCCUCCUGGAACUCAAAGGGCACAACGUACGAAGAGAAAGACAUGUCGUCCUGGUGUCGUAAAGCGCUCCGUGACAGUCUGGAGCGUGCCUCCUACGAGAACGACCCGUCGCAACGCGACCCCAGCUUCAACGUCAUGGAAAUGUUGAGCAACGUCGGUUCCAAUCUCUGCGACUCCCAUACGUCGCAGAUCAACAUAGACAAGAUGAACGAUGCCGAAAACAUGGAGAAGUUGGAGAAGCUGGCGAUGAUGAUCCACCGGAGCAGCAUCAAGGUCAUCUCUGUUGAUGACCUCGAGUGUGAAGCGCAGAUCGCGCUGAUCAGGGCCACUCGCCGCUACAUGUUCGACUUCAGCUGUUCUCUGAAGUUCGAGGCGUCGAUUGACACCGCUUUUGGAGCCGGUUACUCAAGCGACGAUGAGUCGAAGGCAUCGGUCUACCGUGGGACGCUCACCAUGACCGAGAUUUCAAGCGCCAUGGAAACGGGCAAGACGUACAGCGACUAUAUGCGUGUUUCCUUUGAGGACGACCCGAAGCCCGAGCACACUGAGCUGAUGCGCUGCAUGAUGGACAAGUUCAAGACUUCCGUCUGCGAGCGGAUCGACGCGUUCCUGAAGAAGUACCAGAAGCAGUGA